AGCGUGAUCCAUGCGUGACUGUUUCGUGAUUGAUUAGUUCGCUUAUCGCUAAAUCCGCAAGCAAACAAAAACAAAUAUCCUGUUGAAGUGUUUUAAUUAUCACUAUCAAAUCACACCAUUUCUGUUUGUUCUUUGAUCUCAUAGACACAUCUAUAACUCUGUCAUAGAGAUAGAAGUAGACUUUUAUUUCUCACAUGCUGAUAAAAAAGUAUUAGCGCAGCAAUAUAAACAUUGGAAUACGUAUUGCUUUGCUGGAUAGUCCAAUCCAAUCGCUCAUUCCAAAUUCUAAGUGGUGUACCCGGGUGUACCACACCAAAACACACAUUUCCUUGACGACACUUGAGACUUGACGACUGGGCACUUUCUAGACAUUUUCUUUGCUGACCUUGUGGCUUGUGCCUAUCAAAUCUAAGGGUGAAAAUGAAAUACAGGAGCACUAGAUCUUCAAGUGGUACUAGUGAUCUCUUUUCAUUUGAAGAAGUUUUAUGCUCACCAGGUUAUGCCAAAGAUGGAGGACUUUAUGUGUGUGAUCAUAUUCCAACAAUAACAAAAAAUGAAUUUCAUUCUUGGAAAGACUUGAAAUACCCUGGCAUUGUGCAAAAAAUACUUAGACUGUUCACUUCAGAAGAUGAGCUUACAGAUAGAGAAAUUGAAGGAGUCGUUGGUUCAGCGUUCAAAGAUUUCGAAUAUCCCGAGAAGGUUAUACACCUUGAAAAGUUAGAUGAAAAAAUGUAUAUUGCUGAGCUCUUUCAAGGACCCACCUUGUCAUUUAAAGAUUUAUCUAUAGCUGUACUUGCCAAACUUUUGGAAAUUUUCUUGAAGAAAAAGAAGGGUCAAGAAAAACGCGUUAAAAUUUUGGUAGGGACUGCUGGCGAUACCGGUCCCGCUUCCGCUCACAGUGUCGCCAACCUAGAAAGAGUAGACUUGGUCUUACUAUAUCCUUUGAAUCGGGUAUCGAAAAUCCAAGAGCUCCAAAUGCUGACUGUCAAAGCGCCAAACGUACACAUUUGUGCGGUUGAGGGAAGUUCCGACGAUGGGGACGAACCCAUCAAAGAAUGUUUCCAAGACCAGCACUUCUCAGCGGCUAACAGUCUUUGCUCUUUCAACAGCAUACAAUGGGGCCGAGUUCUCCUUCAAACCGCUCACUAUGCUUACAUAUACCUCCAGUGCUGUCCCAACAUUGGCGAUGAGAUUUGCAUCGUUGUACCAACUGGAGCGGCCGGAAAUUUGGCCGCUGGAUCCCUUGCUCGUGAAAUGGGUUUCCCGAUCAAGCUGGUCGCCACGGUAAAUUCCAAUGAUAUUUUAGCACGAUCAUUUCAAAAUGGAGAUUAUAGUCCGGUGCCUGACGUGGCCGCUUCCUUAGCACCAUCGAUGGAUAUUCAAGCUCCUUACAAUAUUGAAAGAGUGUUGUAUUUUGCAACUCACGGCGAUGCGCUAGCCGUUCGAAAUGUCAUGCAGGAUUUUGAACAAAGCGGAAAGGUGACACUUUCAGCGGAGAUUUUGGCCGCAAUCCAGGAUGUUAUAGUAGAGUCUGUGUCCGUGAGUGAUAGCGACAUCGUUCAGGCCAUGCAGCUUUGCCAUAGCAAAUACAAUUAUGUUAUUUGUCCCCACACUGCAACUGCUGUCUCCUACUGUUUCAACGUAGAGCAACGGGAAGAAAAGGUAUUCGUUUGUCUAGCUACGGCAUCACCGGCAAAAUUUCCCGAGGCCUGUGAAGCGGCAGGAUUGUACAAGUCGACACACCAUAGAGUGGAGAGAUUAAAACUGGAUACCGAAAAUGCCACGCCCCGACACGUCUUCUUAAAGGGCCACGACUGGACAAGUCAAUUAAAAGAAAUCAUCCUCAAGAUUUAGGGAGAAAAAUGUUGAAUUUUGUCACAAACAAAACUGAAUAUUUACCUGAGAUUCACUCAGGGAACGUUCAGUCCACAUAUUACGUAGUAGGCCUAGAGCUAGUUAGGGAGGGGGUCAGCAAAAUAUUACUGGGGGAGUUCGAUGGUUCCAUACGUAGUAAUUCGAAAAACUUCAAUCCAAUUAAAGAAAACUUUAAAUACAUAUAUUUAGAAAAAAAAAUUUUUUUUUUGCCAAUUUCAUGUAAUUUGGCAAUGCUACUCUUGUUUAAAUUAUGUCUUCUGUGGUGUUUUUAUUAAGGAAUUGAGUUAAAGCACUCAAUUAAAAACAUAGUUUUUAAAAAUGCUGGCAACCUGUUUGCGAGGUUCCCGAAGGAAAU